CGCGUGGCCCGGAAGCGGAAGCGGCGCGGCGCAUGGCGGCGGGGACAUGGCGCGGGAGAAACAGCCGGAGGCAGCGGCGGAGGCGGAGGGGACGCCCGAGCGCUCGUACCGAGAGCAGCUCGACUACCUGAACCCCAUCGCCCAGCCGCUCGCCUCCCGCAAGCUGACGCGCAAGCUCUACAAGUGUAUCAGGAAAGCGGUCAAGCACAAGCAGAUCCGUCGCGGUGUGAAGGAGGUCCAGAAGUUCAUCAACAAGGGCGAGAAGGGGAUCACGGUGCUGGCCGGCGACACGCUGCCUAUCGAUGUGUACUGCCACAUCCCUAUCAUGUGCGAGGACAGGAGCCUCCCCUACGCAUACGUCCCUUCCAAAUCGGACCUGGGAGCCGCCGCCGGCUCGAAGCGCCCAACCUGCGUCAUCAUGAUCAAACCCCACGAGGAGUACCAGGAGACCUACGAUGAGUGCCUGGAGGAGGUGGGGGCCCUGCCCUUGCCCCUCUGAAGAGAUGGGGACAGAGGUUGGGGGGGCAGUGGCGGGGUCCUUGUCCCCCCACCUCAGCUCUUUGCGGGGACACUGAUGGGGUGGGGAGGGGGGUGAGCACUGUGUGGGGUGUAUG